AUGCUAGCACCAUCCUAUGCUGCGCCACAGGACGCCAACUAUCCCCCCCUAUCACAGCUUCGUGAGACAAAACCCGUUUCGAUGACAGCUCCGUACGACUACACGGCGUACUCCGCUAUGGACCCGCAUGUUUUGCAGAUGGCGGAUAUUAGUGCUGGUUAUUGGGGAACAGGAGCUCCUUCGUACGCACCGCUAGGUGGCCUCCCACCUUACCCAACGUUAACCGCUGGAACCGAAUCGGACUACACAGCACCGGCUGCCUACCCUUCCCCGGUGGUGCCGACAGUCUCCGCUGCUAACGGAGGCGCCGGAUCCUCGGAUGUGCUUGAAAUUGGAAAACCAAAUGUGCCACCCUACACGGCUCCUGCGACGAAUCCUGCAGUGUCGAGCGACGCUCUAUCGGCUAUGUAUCAACCACCCACUGUCUGGCCUGGGUAUCCUGGAUAUAUGCCCACUGAUGACAAGACUUCAGCUCCUGGAGCCUCUAGUGGUUAUCCGUCUUUGCCUCUACCGUAUCCGUUUGCGGACGGCUCGGAUUUGGGCCACACUCCGUUCUACCAGGCAUGA